UGCUCUUUGACCAAGAUGGGCUCCAGCCGCUUGCUCACCCUUUUGUCGUCGCUUCCUCGGUGCUGGGCGAGGGGUCAGGAGGCUCCGAGAGUCAUCCGGCACCUCUCGGGCGGCGCGGCAUCACGUCGGAAAUCCUCGUUGACGAUUCAGUUUGUUGAAGGCCAAUUUGUUGACUCCUAUGACCCAACCAUAGAGAACACUUUCACAAAAUUGAUCACAGUAAAUGGACAAGAAUAUCAUCUUCAACUUGUAGACACUGCUGGGCAAGAUGAAUAUUCCAUCUUUCCCCAGACGUACUCCAUAGAUAUUAAUGGUUAUAUUCUCGUGUAUUCUGUGACAUCGAUCAAAAGUUUUGAGGUGAUUAAAGUUAUCCAUGGCAAGUUGUUGGACAUGGUGGGGAAAGUGCAAAUACCUAUUAUGUUGGUUGGGAAUAAGAAAGACCUACAUAUGGAAAGGGUGAUCAGUUAUGAAGAAGGGAAGGCGUUAGCAGAAUCUUGGAAUGCAGCUUUUUUGGAAUCUUCUGCUAAAGAGAAUCAAACUGCUGUUGAUGUGUUCAGAAGGAUAAUUUUGGAGGCAGAAAAAAUUGAUGGGGCUGCUUCACAAGGAAAGUCUUCCUGCUGGGUGAUGUAAUUCUGCUGCGGGGCCCAAGGCCACUGGGACCCGUCCUGCCCGGAGACGCAAACUGCCCGUCAUCCUCGAAGAUAAACUCUGCUUCGUUUUCCUUCUGUUAACCUGAAAGAUUUAUUUGGGUCAGAGCUUUUUCCCACCUGCCCCCCUUUCAGAUUAUGUUGAACUCUGACUAUCCUUCUGAGUUCACUUCCACUUUCAAAUUUUAAGCAAUCAUAUUUUCAAUUUAUAUAUUGUAUUUCUUAAUAAUAUUAUGACCAAGAAUUUUAUCGGCAUUAAUUUUUAAGUGUAGUUUGAUGUUUAAAAUAAUGUAAUCAUCAAAGAUGCAUAUUGUUACACUACUAUUAACUAGGCUUCCAUAUAUCAGUGUUUAUUUCAUUGUGUUAAAUGUAUACUUGUAAAUAAAAUAGCUGCAACCCU